AAGCCAUUCAUGCCAUUUUGGUUUACAGCCAAAAUGUAGAAGAACUUCUGAAGCGCAGAAAAGUCUAUCGAGAAAUAAUUUUUAAGUAUUUGGCAGCACAAGGAAUUGCAGUGCCUCCUUCCUCUGAGAAACAUUUACUCAUUGAUCGUGCAAAGCAGUACUGGAGUGGGCAGCUCAUAGCAUGUGCCUCAGAGCCAGAGGAGAAGAAACCACACACAGAGAGUCAUGGAGAGAGACAAAAGUUGCCACAGGAGGACAUUUAUGGUCUAGGAGAGGAAUUCUGUCAAUGGUUCUUCGAGCUCCUGAAUUCUCAACAUCCCUUGGGAGUAAAAUCUGAAGAAAGAUGGGGACCACAGCAUUUUUGGGAGGAUGUUAAAAUGAAGUUCUGUUACAGCACACUAGAAGAAAACAUGGAAGAAUACGUUGGUGCAGAAAUGGUGAGCCUUCGUCUGCUCUCCUUGGUUAAAGAAGAAUAUCUUCUAUUCAACCCUAAUUUACAUGCCAGUGGACUGAAAUGUGCUGUGUCUCGACAUGGGGUAGUACUGGUAGCAGUGGCUGGCACAGUGCAUAGAGACAACUCUUGUUUGGGCAUCUUUGAACAAACUUUUGGACUCGUUAGCUGUCCUGAUAGGAAGAAUACCUGGAAAAUAAAAGUUACGAAUCUUAAAAUAGUUGGACAGAAUGCUCUGGAGCCUGGGAUAGACAUUGAAAAACCCUCCCUAAAAUAUGAGUCAAACCAACUGCGAGAGUUGUACGAUGGGAAAGAACUGACUGUGUUUGAACCUCAGAAAUUCUGA